AUGUGUGAGGCAGAAACAUUAAUAUUUGCUGUUGAAAAAUACCCCUGCCUGUGGAAUAUUCAUGACAACGACUAUAACAACAGAGAUGUCAAAGAUUUGGCCUGGGAGAAUGUAUUUAAAGAGGUUAUAAAGGAUUGGGACACGUGCACUAAAGUGGACAAAGAAAACAAAGGUGCUGAGGCAAAGAAAAAAUGGACACACAUGAGAGACUACUUUCGAAGAGACUUUCAAAAAAAUAAAAGCGCUCCUACAGGCAGUGCCGCUAAAAAGGUUAAAAAAUAUGUUUAUGUGUUGUAUUUUCUUAUACCGGUAUUCGAUAAAAGAAAUACCGAAGGAAACUAUCAAUCCGAUGAUUUACACAAUAAUACUUCACAAGAAUCCGAAACGCAAGAAGAACACAUCGUGGAAGAAAUAGAUAACCAUACAAAUAUAUUACAACCUCCAUCACCUGUAUCAACUGCACCUGCAAGUAGUUUAAAACGAAACAAAAAAAGAUAUCCCCUGACAAAUACUCAGUAUCCCACAUCAAAAUCAACAGAAAGCCAAUCAGAAACAACAAGAAGUAGAAGACGACGACAUGAAAUUUUUAUUGAGCUUUAG